UAUCUUUAUUGUUUACAAUUGAGUUUUAAAAGUUAUCCAAUAAGAUAGGUUACAUAAGUGACACGCGCCCGAGUGUAAAACGUGAAAUGUUAAUGUGCGGAUCUGAAUUGAACUGAUUUAUUUUAGCAAUUAUUUAUUCGAUCAGAGUAUUAAUCAUAGUGUACAUAGUGUUAUUGUGCGAUUUAUAAGAUUUAUUUAAUUUAUGUUCAAAAGUAUUAUAACGGCUUUUCUUAAUUAAUAAGUAUUUAUCGAAUUAAUAUUCAGAAUCAUAAAAAUUAAGAUAACAUGAUUCCAGUCACUGAAGGAGUAGAAUGUAUCAUGAAGAAAAGCUAUAAUGAUCAUGACGAAAAAGAUUUAACAACAACUAAUGAACAGAGAAAAGUUAUAACAAAUAAUCAAAAUUCUAUUAAUAUGAAUAAAGUGAAUACAGAAAUAAAUGAAUGUGUUACACAACAAAAUAAUCCAUCGUCGUCAGUUGAAAACUAUCAAUACAGACACCACAUUAGUCUUGAUAAUCGUAUACUAUCAGAACAAUCACCAUCAACACGUAAUAAACUUAAAAAUGAGGACAACAUAACAAAUAAUCUACACGAUUUAGAAAAUACAAACAUUGAUAAUAGUGAACAUGAGUCUAAAACAAUGAUUGCCAAAACACAAGAAAAUAAAUCACCUAUAUCUGUAUUGAAUCAAUGGGCUGUAGGUGGUAAAGGAAAAAAAUCAAUUGCUGUAUCAUAUGUGCUUACAGGUGUUACCGGACAAUCACAUAAGCCAAUAUAUACAUACAUGUGUCAAAUACACAAUACUACAGCUUUACGAGAGGGAAAAUCUUUAAAGGAAGCAAAACAAAAUGCUGCUGCCCAAAUGUGGGAAAAACUUUUUGAUUUUAAAAUAAACUCUUUGAACGACAAUGAUAAAAUUAUAACGUCUACUACAACCACUGAUAACUUUGAAGUUAAUGAAAAUGAUACAUUUUUUAGUAGUACUGAAGGAUCACAAAUUAUACAUGAAACUAAUUCAGAUAUCGACGAUAAUGAAUUACAACAAUUUAAUAAUAAAGAAGUACAAAAUAUGGCACAUUGCAAUAUGAAUCCUAUUGGAGCCUUAUCAGAGUUAUGUACAACUUAUAAAUGGACACCGCCAUUCUACAGUAUUGAAACAAUAAGCAAAGACCAAACGAUAUAUAAAACAACAUUAUACAUGGCUACUUGUAAAAUUUUUGAUUUACAACUAAAAGGAACUGCUACUACAAAGAGAGGAGCUAAACGUUAUGUCGCACAUAAGAUGUUUAAAACAAUUUUUGAGUUUGGCCCAGAAAGAUUCAUUGAAUUAAAAUCUGCAUAUUUAAAAACACAGUUAAUAACUAAAGAUUGUGUACUAAGUACAUGCAUUGAUAUACAUAAUGAAGAAAAUCAAAAACAAUCAAAUCACUGGUUUCCAGCACAUUGUUUCCGAUCACAUUUUACAAAAGCAACUGCAGCUAAAAAAGUUAUGAAUGAUAUAACAAAACUUCCUUCAUUUGAGGAUAUGACGGAUUUGGAACAAUAUAUUGAAAAUGAUGAUCCAAAUGUAAGCAAUAUUAGUAAAUUGGAUAUUGUAUGCAAGGAACUAGAUUUUCAAGCAAUUUAUGUAUGUCUGGGAGUUCAAAUAAAAGAAGAUAUUACAAAUAACAAUGGCCAAGAUGAAUAUGCUGAGUAUGGUGUAUUAGUACAAGUUACAUCUUUACCAACCACCAUUACAACUGGAUAUGGUGCCACUUCGGAUAGAGCAGCAGAAGAAGCUGCUAAAUGUAUACUACAAACGUUUAAAACAAUGUUGCGCUUUACUAAACCAGCCACCAUAAACAAUAACAAUAAGGAAGAGCAAUUUGUAUACGUAUUGUAACAUUUAAAUUAAG